UAAAAACAAAACGAAAAAAGAAAAAAAAAAUCAGAAGAGAAAGACACCAAAUUUAGAAGAAGGAAAGCUACUAUGCUUCGUGAAGAAGUAGAAGAUCGAAGAAGCCGAAAUUUUGAUAGAAACCCAUUUUGAGCAACACCCUUUUUCGGUUGUUGUUGUUGUUUCUUUUUAUUUUGGGUAUGGAGCUUCCAUUGAUGUACUUGAAUCCUUCUUCGACGGCGUCGUUUUCCGGUAGAGUUGGACUCUCCUCGAGGCUCUGUAAUUUUCCGGCUAGGGUAAGGAGAAGGAGAGGGCGAGUGAGUUUUUCUGAUGUCGAUAUGGUUCGGUUCCGGCCGGUUAAAGCUUCGACGGAGCAAAGCAGUGGGGAGGCUGUGGAUGCUAGAGGAAGUGAAGGAGAGAGCAGACGAGGGUUCACGAGUCCUGCUAUGGAGGUCACUACAUUAGAUUCUUUUAAAGAUGCUGAGUUUCCGGUUUGGGAGAAGAUUGGUGCUGUUGUUAGACUCAGCUAUGGAAUUGGUAUAUAUGGUGCCAUGGCUUUAGCAGGAAAAUUUAUUUGCUCAAUCACUGGAAUUGAUUGCUUGGGAGGUUUUCACCCAUCAUUAGACGCCAUUUUAGAAGGCCUGGGAUAUGCGGCUCCUCCAAUUAUGGCCCUUUUGUUCAUACUCGAUGACGAAGUUGUGAAGCUAUCUCCUCAUGCUCGUGCCAUCAGAGAUGUGGAAGAUGAGGAACUCCGGAACUUUUUCUAUGGAAUGUCUCCAUGGCAGUGCUUCAACUUGCAGUUUAUACUAGUUGUUGCUGCGAGCUCGGUGGGAGAGGAGCUUUUUUACAGAGCUGCAGUUCAGGGAGCAUUGGCUGAAAUAUUCCUGAAGGGUACAGAUCUGAUAUCAGAUACUAGAGGAAUGGCAUCUCUGACUGGAGUUCUUCCCCCAUUUGUUCCAUUUGCUCAGGCGUUUGCAGCUGUUAUGACAGCUACUCUAACUGGUUCCCUGUACUAUAUGGCUGCAUCUCCAAAAGACCCUGCUUACAUAGUUGCACCAGUUUUGCCAUCUCGCGCUGGUCGUGAAGAUAUGAAGAAGCUCUUUACAGCCUGGUAUAAGAGGAGGCAAAUGAAGAAGAUUUAUUCUCCACUACUUGAAGGACUUUUGGCUCUCUACCUUGGAUUUGAGUGGAUCCAGACGGAUAACAUUCUUGCACCCAUAAUCACACAUGGCAUAUACUCUGCUGUCAUAUUGGGUCAUGGUCUUUGGAAGAUACACGAUCACCGGAGAAGACUACGUCAGAGAAUUCGACAACUUAAACUUGAAGGAAAGAAAGAAGUGAAUUAUGAUAUUCAGGAUUUGGAAUAGCGAAAUAAGGAGGAACUUUGUAAAUAAAUGUAGCAGAGCAAGUUAUUUGUUUCAGAGACAGUCUACAACACAUAGGAAUAUAAUAUAUUAUGAACUAGCUUAAGUUUUUAUGAAGAAAAUAUAGAGCAUAUCUUACACUUUUAGUUCAUACAUUGUAACGAUGUAACUGCAGAAGGCAAUGAGCAUUGAGUAUGCUUGUUUUUUUUUUUUUUUUUAUAUAUACAAAAUUCAGUACAUAUUACAUAAAAUUGAGUUUUUACA